CCACCUCCCACACCCCGAUUUCUCUUUCCUUGAUUCUUUCACCACAUACUUUCGAGUCACUGGUGAAAUACUCCUAGAAAAAUGGUAAAAAGGAAGCUGGGAGCCUUGGAAAAGGUCGAGGCCGACCUACCCAAUUUACAGCAUAAAAUUCGAAGAGACCCAAAAUCUUACAUCGAAGACUUUCGCGCUCAACAUUAUCAAUAUGAGAGUCACCGAGAAAUUUUCAUGGCAGCACCGACGUCGGCCACUGAUACGGGCAUUAUCUCAUUGCGCGAACUGAUCGACUUUGUUGCUCACGUUGCCGACUGUUACCCAGACAUUACCAAGGACUUCCCUCAGCAGCUCAUGGACAUCUUGACGCAGCAUCACUUAGUAUUGGAGCCGGAACUUCGAGAGAAGAUCGUGGGGAGUCUAGUACUGCUGAGAAAGAAGGAGCUUCUUGACUCUGCAACAUUACUCCAAACCUUAUUUCCUAUUCUCAUUACGACGCCCAGCAAGACAUUGCGAGCAUUGAUCUUCCAAAAGAUUUUAAUGGAUCUUCGUGCUUCGAACGCUAAGACAACAAAUCACAAGCUCAACCGCACCAUGCAGACUGUCCUUUAUAACUUGGUGACAUCAGACCGUGUCUCGUCCAAGGGUCUAUGGGCCAUUAAGCUCAUUCGUGAAUUAUGGAAGCGGCAGAUCUGGUCCGAUGCGAAAACUGUUGAGGUCAUGAAGGAAGCUAGUUUGUCGGAAAACGAGAAAGUUAUUAUCGGUGGUGUUCGCUUUUUCCUGGGUGGAGAUCAAGAGCGCGAGGAAAUGGAAGAUGAGAGCAGUGACGAAGAGGCCAUAGACCUUGGUAAGGUCAAGCACCAGGUUGGUAUCAACAAGAAGACCAGGAAGAAGUCUCGCGCUGUGGAGAAGGCGAAAGCAACUGUCAAGAGAAAGGAGCGCAAGAAGAACCAACCACAUCCAUUGAAUUUCUCUGCGCUACAUCUUCUACACGAUCCUCAAGGCUUCGCAGAAGCUUUGUUUUCGAAGCAUCUGCAAAAUUCCAAGUCCAAGGUCAAUCUAGAGCAAAAGCUUCAAGUUUUGCAACUUGUAACUCGCCUUGUCGGAUUGCAUAAGCUGCAUAUAAUGCAACUCUACUCUUAUUUCCAGAAAUAUCUCACUCCACGGCAACCUUCGGUCACUUCCUUUUUGGCAUCGCUAGCGCAAGCGUCGCAUGAUUUGGUUCCUCCGGAUGUGCUUGAACCGCUCAUUCAGAAGAUCGCGAAUGAGUUCGUAUCUGAAGCAUCGGCAUCGUUGGUUGCUACCGCUGGUCUCAAUGCCAUCAGAGAGAUCUGUGCACGACAGCCACUUGCAAUGAAUGAGACUUUGCUACAAGAUCUUGUUAUGUAUAGAAAGAGUAAGGAUAAAGGUGUUGUGAUGGCAGCCAGAGGUCUACUCGGUCUCUACAGAGACCUUAAUCCGGAGAUGCUGAAAAGACGUGACCGCGGCAAAGAGGCAUCUAUCGGUCUUCGCUCAGGAGAAAAGAAGGAGAAGCGUUAUGGAGAAGAAGCGACCGGUGGUAUCGAGGGCUUGGAGCUUCUCGAGCAGUGGAAGGAAGAGGAGCGCAAGAAGAGGAGGGCCGAAAAGGGGCUUCCUUCUGAUGCAGAAGACGGCGAGGAUGAGGAGGAUGAAGAAGCCGACUGGGACGCUUGGAAUGUAGAAGACGAUGAGGACAGCGAUGACUCCGGCGGCUGGAUCGAUGUCCAAAGCGAUGCUGAAAUCGAUCUUAGCGACUCCGACGAUGAGAAGAACGCACGCCCGUCAAAGAAGGCCAAGCAGGAUGCCAAUAAUGAAGAAAAUGUCAAUUCCGAGACAGCGCAGGAUAAGACAGAGGUUCAAAAGCCAGAUAUUGCAAACAUCGCAACCACACGUAUUCUUACACCGGCAGACCUGGCGAAGCUUCAAGAAUUACGCACUCAAGCAGCUGUUGACGCACUUGUUCCAGGCGCCAAAGGUCGCCGUGGUCAGACCAACGCUUCUCGGCACAAGGAUGAUCCUCUGACGGCUGAAGAGAUUGAGGGUUUGGCUGCUCUGUCCGCCGGAAAAGCAACUCGUGAAGAACGAAUUGCCCAUGCUAAGGAAGGGAAGACUGAUCGUGCAGAGCAUAAGAGUAUCACUGCGAAGAGGAAGGAGCGUAAGGUGGAACAGGGUAAGAGUACUACGAAUAAGGAGAAGGCUCGCAGAAAGAACAUCUUCAUGACCCUCGGAAAAGCAAGAAACAAAGGCAAGAGGAGUCUUGUGGAAACUCGCAACGUAUUGAAGGCCCAUCAAGACCGCCAGAAGCGUGGCGGCAGGAGGGGAAACAAUGGUUAAAGGUCGAUGUAUAUACGUGGAGACAGCCCAUGGUCGAUAGUUUUGGUCGCUAUAAUA